AUGCGGGAGCUGUGGCGUUCGCUGGACCACAACCCAGCCCGGGCCCAGGUUGACUCGGAUGAAAUGCUGGACAUGAUGGACGACGUCCUGCAAGCGCUGGAGAAGGGCCGCUAUGAUGACCACCCGCCCUUGAAGAAGGUGGAAUACAGUUACGGCGGCGACACGCUGCUUCACCUCGCAGUCAUUCAGAACAAGCCUGACGCGGUUCGCAUGCUGGUGGACGUGGGCUGCUCGCUCUCGUGCUUCAAUCGCGGUGGCAUGACACCUGCCAACCUCGCCUGCAUCAGCGAUCGCACCUUUGACUGUCUCGAACACAUGCUGCCCCACAUCGAUGCAAGUGUCAUGGACAUCAACGGCUGCUCCCCGCUGCACACGGCCGUGUUUUACACGAGUCGCCGCCCGCUGCACAUUGCGGCACGAGAGCUCCAUCUCCGCAGCAUGAGGACCCUCGUUGCCCGCGGGUGCGAUGUUGAUGGUCGCGACCACAGCGACCGCACCGCCCUGCACGUCCUCGCCGAGCACGGCACACGCAGCCCGCGCGUCGCACUCGAGGCGUCAUACAUGCUGCUGCACCGCGGGGCAACCCCAAACGCACGUGACGUCCGCGGCCGCACACCGCUCCUCCACGCCGCGCUCUUUGACACGGCCGAGGUUGCCGCGUGCUUGCUCCUCUUUGGCUGCGAUGAUGCACUGCCCAACAUUGAAGGGGCAACGCCCUUGGUCUCAGCCAUCAUGCAGGGCUCGAAUCGUGUGCUGGAUGUGUUCUUCGCCACCAACAUCCAAUUCUUGCAGCCCUCAUUGGACCUCGGCUUCAUCAUGGACCUCCCGGCCUAUCAGCGGCACGUCAAGCGGAGAAAAUCAGGCAACUUGCAGGACAUGUGUGCGCGGGUGUUGCUGGAUAAAUACGCAUCGAAUCUGCCGACAUUGUGUCAUCUUUCGCUCUCGCUUGACAUGUUUGCGCACAUCUUCGCUGGCAUGGAGCACUUGUAUCUUCCUGCUUACGCCAUAUCCCUUGGCAAGCCCGAAUUGCAGUUUGACUGACGCUAACGAGAGACGAGGGAGAAAGUGUGCAAAUGUGCUUGUGUGUGCUUGUGCGUGCUUGUGUGUGCUUGUGCGUGCUUGUGCUUGAGUGUGUGCUUGUGCAUAAGCUGAAUAUCUGUGGUUGUGUUGCACAGAAACGUGUAUUUUCACAUUUGUGCGCUGUUUGCUCUUCUUUAUUGCUGUGUUAUCUGUCCGCACUAUCGUUUGGUUCGAGCUUUACUGUAGUCGUCGAAUGAACGGCCCCAAACCACAAA